CAAAAACGUCAAAAAUUCAUUGUUAGUCUAAUCAAAAACAUUCUUUAAUAAAAAUAAGAAAACUCCCUAAUGGAAAGUGUUGAAGUGUUUUUUAUCGUCGAAUUUCACUUCUAUUCAAACUAAGACAACGUCAAGCAUGUCAUUUGAUGGUGUAGGUCCUGAAAUGGUUCACGUUGCUGUCAACACGGACCCUCUCCAAAUGCUGCUCCAAGAAGAAUCUACAAAAACCCAGCACUAUGGUCUCAAAGUACGCAACAUUCCACACAUCAAAAUCUCUGAAAUGAAUGAACUGAAAGUCUGGUACGAGUUUGGAGAAAAAAUUGGUGAAGGAGGAUUUGGCAUAGUGAUGGCAGUUAAAGAAAAAAGUAACAAUAAAGAAUGGGCAAUGAAACUUAUUUCAAAGUCAACAGCCGGUGAUAAUAUAAGAAUGGUGGAGCAAGAAAUCCAAAUCUUGAAAUUAAUCCAUCACCCCCAUAUCAUAUACCUUGAUAAGAUUUUCGAAUCGCCAAAAAAAAUGUAUUUGGUGUUCGAGAGGUGUCAUGUGGAUUUUGCAAAAAUCUACAAUGAACGCAAACCCUUUGCUGAAAAAAUAGCAAGAAAAAUCAUUUCAGAGUUGGUAGAUGCUGUGGCGUAUUUGCAUAAAUAUGAAAUCGUUCAUAGAGACUUGAAAAUGGAAAAUAUCUUGCUUGGGGAAAAUCCUCUUGACCCGACUGACGAGUACUACAUAAAAUUGACCGAUUUCGGAUUGAGCAGUAUCGUCAAAUCCGGGAAAGGGAUCGAGAGCAUGCUGCACGAAUUUUGCGGAACUAUCUAUUACAUGGCGCCUGAAAUGAUUACCUUCAGGUCCUACAGCCAAAUGUGUGAUAUGUGGUCGGUGGGUGUAAUUCUCUACAUGUUAGUCAUUGGCAAAUAUCCAUUCUAUGGCAAAAACGAUAAAGAAAUACAAAUCAAAAUUUGCACACAAUCGCCAAAAUUCGAUACAAAACUGUCGCAAGAGCUCGAAGAUUUGAUUUUAUUGUUGCUGGUCAAAGAUCCAGUCAAACGCAUAAGAGCAACUGAGGUUUUACAACAUCCGUGGAUUUCAAGCAAAAAAAUGUCGAAAGCAAUGUAUUCUUAUAAUAUCAUGGAUAAAAUGAAAGAGUGGAAGUCGGAAAUGACGGUGGAAACAGGUGCGGUUUCUGAUUGGGUCAUGACGCCUGAUGAAGCUAUUGAAGCCAACCGGUCGCAAACUAAACAGGCGAUGAACCUACCGAAAACUAACAUCAACUUUGAUAGGGCGAGUAGAAGGAUGAGUAACCCCAAGAAAAUUAGUCCAAAGGAGCAGCUUCUGAAACCAUCACCGAAACCAACGAUGAAAGGGCAAUCGAGCAAAAAGCGGGUGAAUUAAAAUAGGAGUCGCAGAAGUAACGACUAGUUAUUGUGUAAUAAUGUUCUUUUACAAGUAAUUUACAGUAACACUGAGUUUAUUAUAGGUAAUUGUGUACCCUAUAAAGUUUACAUUAUAUUACUCUGAAUUUGGA